CUCAAGUUCAGUUCCUGGAGGAGCAGUUUCACCGGGCAGCCGACGGUUCCGCAAAAGAACCAGGAUCCAUAUGGCUGGAAAAAUGCUCAAUCCCCGCAGAGCUGCUGGCAAUCCGAGGAGAUUCAAUGGACUUCUGGUUGUUGAAAGAUCCCCCACUGGAAGGGGAAUCUCCAAGUCCAUGAGGACAGAAGCCCCAUGCGCAGGACCUGGAUUGCAUGUUGUCCUUCAUAAUAAUCCAGUAAAGCUUUUAAAAGUUAUGUCUAUAUUCAUAGCAAAAUGGCCCUCAACUCAAAGUUAUGAAUUUAUGUCAACUACUGAUGGAAUAUCUCAAGAACAUAAAAGGCUACUUAUGAUAAAUUAGGAAUAUAGAAAACAACAGAAGACAACAGAAAAUGUGAAUCUCAAGCUGGCUGUUGUGCAGGGCUCAUACAUCAUUACUGAAAAUCCCAGUCGAUUAUCGCUGCUAACAGAAACCACUUGCUGAAGUUGUUUAAAUGGGGAGAAUCAGGACAUUUCUCUAACUGCUGAUUGGCACUCAGAUGAUAACAGAUUGGACUUUGUUGACUGAAGGAAGGAACAUGUCCUUGAGAGGAAAAGUGGGUGGCGUCUUGACAAAUACCUGUGGUUUUCCAUGAACCCUGCACAAAGAACCACGUGGUGAUCCACUAAGCUACGCUCACAAGAAAGGAAGGAAAUCGCAUUGUGGGGGAAGCAGUGAACUGGAACCUGGACGAAGAGUGCAAACAAGUUAAGUUCUCACUUGCUGAUUGACUCCCCAAAUGCCUGUGAAGACCUUGGCCCAGCUGAAGUCAGGAGCCAGGAAUUCAAUCCCAUAGAAUUAGAUGAGCGAUGUGCAUCCUGAAGCUGCCAAUAGUUCUACUUGUGCUCUCAGUUGCAGUGAACCACCUGAAAGCUCCACCUGUUGAGAGUCAUCAGGUGGAAAAACGGAAAUGCAACACUGUCACAUGUGCCACACAACGCCUGGCAAAUUUUUUAAUUCAUUCCAGCAACAACUUUGGUGCCAUUUUCUCACCUCCCAGUGUGGGAUCCAAUUCAUAUGGCAAGAGGAAUGCAGUUGAGGUUCUAAACAGAGACCCCCUGCACUACUGACCCAGGUGGGAGUCAGUGCCCUCCACAGCCCCCGCUGACUCUGUAUAAACAUGAGUCCCUGUCGCGUUCCCGUUCCAGUGUAACUGUGGCUCUGCUUGUCCCAUGUGUGUCACCACUACACGUAAAUUGUCAUUUGAGGUGUGUUUUCAAUUUAGUACUAAUUAAAAUCCCAAAAUAAAAAAGACUAUGUCUUUAAAGCUAAAAUGUUCCUGCCAUUGAUUUUUAUUUAAAAACAAAAAAAAAACAAAACAUCACUUUGUGGACUGUAUUUUAUGGCUGAGUUAAAGAACAAAGAAGAGAAAGGUGCUUUGAACCUUGGUAAAUUGUAAACAAAUAAUAGUAAAGGUAUGAUUCUGAAUAUAAGGAAACCAACCAUUGUAAGUAUCCCUGUGAAACCAUAAUAUUGUGCACUAGAUUUCUGCAAUGAGAUAAAAUGUUGUCCAAAAAAAUAAAUAAGUAGGGGCAGGCAGAGGUCUGGCAAAGCAGUUAAGAUGCCAUCAUCCCACAUUAGAGUGCCUGGGUUUAGACUCAGCUCUGCUCUGAUUCCAGCUUCCUGUUAAUGUAUGCCCUGGGAGGCAGCAGAUGAUGGCCCAAGUGUUUGCAUCCCUGCCACCCAUUUGAGAAACCCAGACUGAGUUCUGGGCCCCUGGCUUCAGCCUGUCCCAGAUCUCCCUGUUGCAGACAUUUAGGGAGUAAGCCAGAAGAUUAAAUAAAUAAAUAACUAUUUCUUCUUUCUCUCUCUCUUUCUCUCUCUCUCUCUCUCUCUCUCACACACACACACACACACACACCCCGUUCUAAUAAAGUUCCUUUUUUAAUACAUCAAUUUCCUUAUUCUGGCAUUCAAAUCCUUCCUUAACUGAGCCCAGUCCUGUUUUCCAGUUUUAUCCAAUGUGAUUUCACUUCGUGUACCUGUGCUCCUCCCAAACCACUUGGCUCUUGCAGUUGUUUCUAGAGAAUCUGUUAUCAUCAGAUUUUCUCUCAUUAUUUAACCUAUGUCUCUUCCAUCUACUCCUUCCAAAGUGAGCAACUCUCCCCAGUGCACCCUUUUGAAAUAUUUCAAUGACAACAAGAAUCUUUAAUCAGAGCUAUAUUGAAUGACUUUUCCUCUCACAAAGCCCUUAACACACCUUGAAGGUUAAAAGAAAUGUAGCAUUAGAAUAUUGUAUUAUUACAGCUAUAUUUGUUUAAAAUACUGUAUUAGAGUUUCAUAUUAUUGCUGUAUUGUUUGUAUAGCUGAUGUGGUUCUUCAACAUUCCUAGAUUCUAAAACUCAGACAAGAAGUUAAUCAUUUCACCACUUCACGUUUCCUGGCCCACACUCAAGGAACGUAAGCCCAUCUCAUUAUUCUGGGAAAAAUUCAGCUUCCUGAACAGCCUCCACCUUCCCUGCCUGACUGACUGUGCUGGCACAAAGUUUAAUAGCUGCUUCCUGAAAAUGGCUCGACUUGUAUCACCAACAUGUUUUGAGUGAUAGUGGGUGGAAUCAUUGUGUGAACUAAAGAUUUUUAUAAAAUACAGGGGCUGCUGUUGGAGCUCAGUGGGUUAAGCCACAGCUUACAAUGUCUACAUUCCAUAUCACAGCACCAGUUCAAGUCCCAGCUGCUCUGCUUCCAAUCCAGUCCCUGCUAGUGCACCUGGGAAAGCAGUGGAUGCUUUCCCUGCCACCCAUGUGGGAGACCCAGCUGGAGUUCCUGGCUCCUAGCUUGGGCCUGACCCAUCCCCAGCUGUUGGGACUACCUAGGGAGUAAACCAGUGGGUGAAAGAUCUCUCUCUCUCUCGCUCGCUCCCUCUCUCUCUCUCUGCUUCUGCCUUUAAAAUUUUAAAAAGUUACAGAAGAAGCAAACACCUAACAUUUUAUCCCAGAUAGGUUUAACAAACAUAUACAAUUAACACACAUCCAUUAUAUCAGAGCAUAUUAAUUAUUUUAUUACCUUGAGUUACUAAACUCUUAAUGUAAUGAAUCCCAUUUCCCAAUAAAUUAAACAUAUUACACAAUUAAAUAUUUAAAUUCAAUGAAGAAUAUUUCAAUACAAUUCUGAAUUUCCAUAAGUGUAAUUAAGCAAAUUCCAUAAAAAUGGGUUUUCUGAUGUGCUUGGAUGACAGAAAAUUGUCAUGUUUCUUAAUUUAUUGGGAGAAAAAUGCUCUUUUAUUUGAGUAAUAACAAUAUACUAGGAUGCUUCCCUUUACUGUUUUAAUCUAGAAUAUACAUUGAAUUCAUAAGCAAAAUUCAAAUUUUGCAUAUUGCUUAAACUUUGAAAACUUUUAAUUUGUAUCACUUUUGUGAAAACAUAGUAGUAUACAUUGCUCAUUCCUUUUUUUAAAAUUGAUUUUAUUUAUUUGAACGACAGAGAGACAGAAAGACAGAGAUCUCCCAUUGCUGGUUCAGUCCCCAAAUGCCCAUCAUCAUAGUCAGGGUAGGGCCAGACUAAAGCCAGGAACCAGGAACUAAAUCCAGGUCUCCCACUUGACAGUGAUGGGGACUCAACUACUUGAGUCACCAUCUGCUGCCUCCCAGAGUACAACAUAGCAGGAAGCUGAAUCUGGGGUUGAGCCAGUACUCCACCCAGGCACUCAGAGGUGGAACAUGAGCAUACCAAGUAGCAUCUUAACCACUCAACCAAAUACUCCACAUUGUUUGUAAAAUAUGUAUGCUGACUGAAAAUUCUGCCCUGAAACAUGCAUUAGCAGCACAUAAUGAGAUAUCAGCCUACUAAUGAGUCAUAGCUCAGUGGAAUUUCUAACAGGAGAAACAAAUAAACAAGGAAAACUAGAAAUUACUCCAUGAUGCUCAAGCAUGCCUUGAGAAUCGACCUGAAAUUUCCCAUAGUCAGGAGAGAAGUGGAUGAACUCUAUAUGCUAUGCAGAUUUGUCAACUCCAAAGCUAAACAGGAGCUAAGACUUUAUAUAAUAACAGUAAUUUUUUUCUUCUGUGAAACAUUAUAUAAAUUAGUCAAAUUGCUGUCAUUUGACUUUGCAAACAACAGUCUUAUGGAUGUGAAGAUGUUAAACUUUCUAUUGGUUGGAACUAGGGCAGAUCUAAAUAAUUCCUUAAAUCGUUAAAUAAUUAUGCUGAGGUGGUUAAUAUCGUAGUGGGGAGUAUUUUUCUUGAGAUCUUUUCUGCGUGCUGGCUACAGCACUCCACUAAUCAAAUAUGUUCAGUUAGAUUCUGCAGGAAGACCAGAAAACAGUAAAAAUACAAAUAAGGGGCAAGCGUUUGGUGCAGGGGGUAGGAUGCCAUUCGGGUGUGGGUGUUGUGGCACAGCAGGUUAAACAUCUGUGUGAGAUGCUCACACCCCAUAUCAGAGUGCUGCUUCCCAUCCUGGCUGCUCCACUUCUGAUCCAGCUGACCCACUAAUGUACCUGAGCAGUCUUACCAUUCAUGCGGGAGACACAGAUGGAGUUCCUGGUUUCUGGCUGGUCCAGGCAGAGCUGUUGUAGCCAUUUGGCCAGUGAGCCAGAGGAUGUAAGUUCUCUUCCUCACAGCCUGCGUUGUGUCACAUCAGUGUAAGCUACCACUGGCAAUGUUGUCUUCCCAUAUCAAAGAGCUGAUUUCAGGCCCAGGUGCUCCAUUUCUGACCCGGCUUCCUGAUAAUGUGUCUGGGAAAGCAGUGGAAGAUGGACAAAGUGCGUGGGCCUCUGCCAGCCACAUGGGGAACAAGAUAGAGUUCCUGGCUCCCGGAUUCUCUCUGGCUGGCACCUGGCUAUUGUAGAUAUUUGGAGAGUGAACCAGCAAAUGGAAGAUGUCUCUCUCCCUCCCUCCCUCCCUCUCUGUGUCACUCUACCUUUCAUAGGAAAAACUAAACAAAUCCUUUUUUUACAGGAUCUAUUUAUCACUCUUUCCAAUAAAUAAAUCUUUUAAAAAUUCAAAGAAUAACAAAUGCUGGCAAGGUUGUAAAGUGUAAUGUAACACACCGUUGGUGGAAAUACAAAUUGGUGCAGCUGUUAAGAAAAAUAUGAAGAUUCCACAGAAAACUAAAAAUGUAUCUACCGUAUGACCCAACCAUCCCACUACUGGGCAUAAAUCCAAAGGAAAUGAAAUCAACAUGUGAAAGAGCUACCUGCACACCCAUGUUUAUAGCAGCUCAAUUCACAAUAGCAAAGAUAUGGAAACAACCUAGAUGUCCAUAAACUGAUGAAUUAAUAAAGAAAAUGUGGUGUGUAUAUUCAUGAGGGAUUAUUACUCAGCCAUAAGAUGAAUGAAAUCCUGACAUUUUCAAUAAAAUGUCUGGAACUGGAGAUCAUUAUGCUAAGUAAAAUAAGCCAGACCCAGAAAGACAGAUAUCACAUAUGUUCUCUCAUUUGUGGAAGUUAAUAUAGAGUAUUAAAAUUGUGUGAAUGUUAUGUGGCAUAUACUUAUAAAUAUUGCUUCACUGAAUUAUACCAUAUAUAUGUCAAUACAUCCCUCUUAAGUCACAUUUGAUCAUUACCAUGAAUCCCUCACUUUGUGAUAUGUGUCCCUGUUUUCAAGAAAAAGAUAAUUUUAAAAAAGAUGUCAUUUGGGACUCUCAUAUUCCAUGUCUUCAUGCCUUGUUCUAAGUUCCAGGUCUGCUCCCAACAGUUGGUGGCUUAAGUAGUUGGGUCCCUGCCACUGUGUGAGGAACCUGGACUGAGUUCCUCGCUCCCAGUUUCAGCUUACCUUGCAUGGCAUGAGUGUUUGUGGAAUGAAUCAAUAAAAGGGAGACCUAUCUCUAUGUCUCCCUCUCAAUCUCUCUCUCUCCCUUUCAAAUGAGUAACUUAAAUGAAAAAUGCAAAUACAUGCUAUGCUGUUUACCAGGUGUAUCACAAGAUCUUUGUAUUCAGUAGAAUCAGGCAUUGCCAUUUCAUUGAAUAGUGGAAAAAAUCACAAAGAAUAAUCAUUAUUUUGAUAAAAGGCCAUAGUACCUUUGGACAUCUGAUAAAUGUUUCUGCUUAUCUGAUAGUUUUUUUAAUAGGGGGUCUCUCAUUAUACCUGGGAAGGAAGUAGUAACAAUACAGUGCCAUUUAGAGGAAAAUUGCAUGGUGCUUCCAAGGUCCAUUGAGCAGCUACUAAUGGCAUGAAGUACGCUUAUACUGGGUAGAAGUUGGCAAUGCCAACUUCUUUAAAAAUUGCGAUAAAAUUCUUCACUUAUUUUUAGUCGUAUAGGAGGUGUCAAUAGCGUCCCUGAUGACUUCAAACCUGCUAUUUCUUCAGGAUGAGAGUGUAGAAAUAUUUAACAGGUGAUAAAAAUAACCUACAGUAUGGAGCAGAGAUUUGAAUUUGAAUGUGUCAUGAUUAGUGCAAAGUCCUUCUUACAUCUUGUGUAUCUUCCAUGCAGAAGACAUGAAAAAACAUUUUUCUUCUAGAGCACUUUUCUCAUUCUCAUAGGAGAGAACCACCAUGUUGCUGCUGGGCCCCAUGUAGCCAGAGAUGGAAGAUUUGCAUUUGUUCUACAGCAACACCAUCAGAGGGACUGGGGAGGAAUGUACUAGCUGUGUGCUUCUUAUUGCCGUAUGGCAGGAAGGUUGUGCAGCCUCAUUCACAUAGACCUGUGUGACCUUGAAGCCCUAUUUCUGCACAUGUGUCAUGAAAAGAAUAGUAAAUCACUCAGAGAGUGGAAGAGUAAAUGAGAUCAGGUUGGUGGUGAAAAUUUUGGUGGCGAAUCUGCCCGGAUUCCUUCCGCUGGUUCCUUCUGCUUUCCCUUGCGGAGGGAGCAUCCCCUCUCUAUGAAGCAUGUCUCAGAAGGGUCGCCUUCUAAAAGCAGAAUAGCAUUGGGUCACACAUUGUAGGGAGGAGGUACCUGACCACUGUAGAGUUUGGGAAGGUGCUUGAGGGAGCACUUGAUGAGAGAGACUUCCACACCUAAAUGUCUCUAUUUGUUUACCCAACUCAGCUUGCACUUCUCAUUUAGAGAUACACUUAGGACAUGCUCAUAUAGGCAACAUGCUGUUCUAAGGUUGUUUAAAUGUAUUAUCUGACUUAAAACCUUGCUAUUAAAUCUAUUCUUGAGAUAAAAAAAAAAAGAAGCAGAGAAGGUAAAGAUUUGUGCAAGGUCGAGUGGUUCGAUUGGUUAGAGCCAAUGAAUUAACCAAAAUGUUCACCCUUCUAUGGGUUUGCUGAGCAUCUCUUCUCACUGAGACAUUCUUGAAGUGCUGGGGAAACAGCAGUACACCAGACAGACAAGUCCCCACUUCUCAUGGAACUUAUGUUCAAGUUUUGAGAUGGUGGGGGGUACCAGGGCUGUGUUUUAACCACUGUGUUAUACCAUUUUCCCAAACCUGAGAGAUCUGUCAAAGUCUGUCCUCUUCCUUCCAUAGCUAAAUAAACUAAAUCAUAAAAAUUUGCAGAACAAGAAAUCAAGACAGAAUGAGGAGAAAAUUACCACUAUUUUCUAAGUAGCAUCUACAUGUGAUUGUGUGUGGGUGGGUGUGUGUAUUUGUUAAUCUGCAUAAAUCCUAUGAGACAGGUAUUCUUACUUCACUUUUUAGUAGAGACUAAGGAGUAGAAAAUGAGCUGGCUAGUCCAAGAUCACAUAGUUAGUGAGCAUGAAACCAGAGCUGCAAUCCAAGAUUAUCAGACUCUGAAGUCUGGCCAAUUUCUCUAUGGAAUAGCCAAAGAAAAAUAUCCUGCUGAUACUUCCACUGUGCUUUGUGGUUUAUCAGAGACAGAACCAUACCAAAUAAAUUUGUCUUGGAACUGGAGAAACAGGUCAAACGAAGAAUGAGACUAAAAUAUGUAUUCUAAAUGUGAAGAACUUUGAUGCUGAUAAUAGAAAUCUUUACCCUACCCAUAUCCAACUAUGAGAUAGUUUUGACUUAUUUUAUUUUGUUUUUUGAGGCUUCAACAGGGAGCAAGUUUUUUUUUUUUUUAAAUCCAAGAUACUUAUUAAAUAUUUCAAACACUUAAAGAUUACUGGCAGUACAUUUUUUUCUUCCUAAAUCCAUCUGGGAUUUUCUUUUUUUAAAAAAAAAUAUUUAUUUGUUUAUUUUGAGAGGGGAAGACAGAGAGGUCGGUCUUCCAUCCACUGGUUCACUCCCUAAAUGGCCACAAUGGCCAGGGCAAGACCAGGCUGAAGCCAAGAGCUUCUUUCAGGUCUCCUACAUGGGUGUAAGUGCCCAAGAACCUGGGCCAUCUUCCACUGCUUUCCCAGGCCAUUAGCAGGGAGCUGGAUCAGAAGUGGAGCAGCCAUGAUUCAAGACAGUGCCCAUAUGAGAUGCCAGGACCACAAACAGACACCUAACCUACUACGCUACAGUGCCGGCCCCCUGGGAUUUUCAAAUGGAGUUUUCUACUGAGAGUUUUAUUUCUCUGCUUUGUGUACAAUUAAGAAAUCUUACAGGGGCCGGCGCUGUGGUACAGCGGGUUAACACCCUGGCCUGAAAUGCCGGCAUCCCAUUUGGGCACCGGUUCGUGACCCAGCUGCUCCACUUCUGAUCCAGCUCUCUGCUAUGGCCUGGGAAAGCAGUAGAAGAUGGCCCAAGUCCUUGGGCCCCUGCACCCACAUGGGAGACCCGGAAGAAGCUCCUGGCUUCGGAUUGGUGCAGCUCUGGUCGUUACGGCCAAUUGGGGAGUGAACCAUCGGAUGGAAGACCUCUUUCUCUCUCCCUGUUUCUCCUCUCUCUGUGUUAACCCUGACUUUCAAAUAAAUAAAUAAAUCUUUAAAAAAAAAAAAAAAGAAACCUUGCAGUAAUUUUCAGUUAAAAGGCUGCUGAGUCAAUAAACCCACAUCCUGUAGUCAGUGCUUUAGGAACUUCAGCCUAGAUUUUCACCUGCAUCACUACCGCUUGCCUCGUGCAUUUAGCUCCCAUCUGUUUCAUACCUCACAAUCACCCACCUCAGAUGGAGAUCAUGCAGUUUCCUCUCUUGCAAUGUCUUUUCCUCACUUCUGAGCUCUAUCCCAGAUUCUGCCGAAAUGUCACAUUCCCCGUAGACCCUCUGCUGAUCCUUUCAGCUCUCCUCUGCCUCUACACACACUUUUAUCUGCAUUAUUCUUCCAAUAUCAGUUGAUUAACCAUGCGCUCCGUCACUGAACAAACAUCUAUUUAUCUUACUUCUGUAAUUGAUACUUUAGUGGUUGGGGUUUCGAGAGUUCAAGAGCUCUUCCUUGUGUGUAUGCACAGGUGCUAUUUCUUCCUUGAGUUUGUGAACUACCUAAAGUCAGGGACCUAUGAGUCAUUUUUGUAAUCUCCACAAUAUUUAAGAGCAUUAUUUGCACAUAACAGAUGUUCAGUAAAUAUUGGUAGAAUAAAUGUGUUUUAUGAAUAAUGAACAAAUGGAUGAUAAAUGAGUCAACUUUAGUAUAAAUUUAUGAUGAGACGCAAUGUGAUGAAGUUGAUGGAUUGUGACAUAAUAUACUUCCUUUGUAAAACAGAAAUGAUAAUAACUAUCUUGUCUCAGUAAUAACUAAACUCAGUAAUACUAAACAGUAAUAACUAACUUGUAUAGUGUUAUUUACAACUAGGAAUGAAAUAUCCAGUAUUUUCAGUGUCCAAUCAGUAGAAGCUAUUUUAGCUAUGAUAACUAUACACAAAGGAAUCAUAUGGUAUUGUAGUUGGUACUUUGCUUGUUAACUAAGGAUUUAAAAAGAGAAAAAGAAAGAUAAAGGUAGUUAACAAAAGCGAGAACAAAACAAGAGAGAGAAAUUCAAAAAUAAAGAAAAAGGGAAAAAGCAUAAAGACAAUAAUCUACCCAAAUCCUAAAGUAGGAUUUGUAUCCCUAGUUACUUCCCCUACUCUCAUGAUCAAAUGGCACAAAGACACGGGACAACUGGAUCUAGAAUUACAACAUUUUGACAAAACCAUAAAAGACAUGGAUUCUAAAAAUCCACCCACCUUCCCUGUGGGAAUAUGCCUUUUGUUUUUUGGAACAAAGCCCAUGAUCAGUAAGAAGUGGCACAAAAAUCUUUAAGAGGAAGUAAUGGACAAUAUAGAAAAAGCAGAUUUGGUGGAGCUUACCUGGGUCAUAAGUAGAUUAGAAGAGUAGGAGGAAAAUCUAAAAUUCUAAACAGGUAGAAUUUAAGUAGUCAGAAAUCUUACCAUGCAUAUAAUAAAACCAUGUGUUAACACAUUAAGUACUUCAAAAACUGAAAUCAUGGAUAGGCAGUAUAAAAAAGGAAAAUUAAAGCUAUCCAACAUAUGUAGACUUGGAUAAAGAAAGAAAACAUUCUUAUUCACCGUUAUAGGCAUCAUGCCCUGGCUAUCCUGCUAACUUGUGAAUAUGGAACCUCUGGAACCAAAAUGCUCAGAUACCAAAUAUGAGCCCAUGUGGAGGGAGGAGGCUGUGGACCUGCCCACAGCUAUAACUGUGAUGAAACCAUGUGCUCCUUGCAAUAAUUCACUUUCUUUGGUGGAACAUGCUCCUUUCCUCUUGUAACAUAUGAAACAUCUGAUCAAACAAGUAGUCUUGAGCAGCAAACCCGUGCAGACCAUGCCAGUUGCUGCCAGGAUCCUGGUUUGUUUUCAGAACUUCGUAUCUGUUUCUUAACCUCCUUCAGCCGCAACUACUUCAUUUAUAUAUGAAACAAAUGAUACUUAUAUUGUAGAGAUAUGAGGAUAAAAGACAGUGCAUGCAAGCUAUUUGGGUAUAACGGUGACUGACAAUACAACCUUUAGUAAAUUUUAGCUGUGAUUAUAAUUAACUAAAAUCCUAGGAUAUUUUUAUGUUGACCAAAGCAUACAACACUAAAAAUCUUUAGACCAUUUUACUACUUUUACAGUUGUUUCACUUUGAUUCUAAGACUUCUGAAUAAAAAUUAAGAAAAAAAAAUAAACCUGUAGGUCAAGACAUUUAGGAAAUUCUUGCAACUAAAGUGAGUAAAAUGCUGCAGGUAUGGGAUUAGUCCACUAGCAUACACGUGAGCAGAAAAAGGUUCUUUCACACUUAUCUCUGUAAACACCAUCAUAAUACAAUCCAGUGUGGCUAUUUUAGGACACAGUGUCAUGAGGCUCUUCAAUACCCUUCAAAUCUCACACAUCUCCAGUGCAUACUGCUCUUUUUGUAUUUUUGAGUUUAGGAACUUGCUCGCUUAAAGUGUCUGAUGUAUUCCUUUACCACUGAAAAUGAGCUUGGCCACUGAGCUAAACUGUUUUUUCAUCUCUAAUACAGGAAAGCAUCAGAAUAUGAAGUUGACUCAUCUCAAAUACAUAGUGAUAAUCAUACAUUUUAUUCUCUGUGUUUAUCUGACAUAUUACCUCUGACAAUCUUAGAUAUUACUACCACCUACACAAUUUUGCUUCUAACCUUUUCUAGAAAUAUAUAUUUAAAACUUUAUCUAGGGAGCCAAGAUGGCGGAAUAGUGAGGGCGCGCACCGAUAGUCCGGGAAAAUUUAGUUUAAUAAAAGGGGAGUUACGGUAGCCGCAGAAAAUAGAACCAAACAAAAAUUGCAGGGGAAACCCUUCUGAAUGGAGCAGGCGUGAAUCGGACGACCUACUGGGAGAACAAGGUCGCCCACCGCACGGAAGCAAAGUCGCGGGACCCAGCCACAGAAGCCCCAGGGUCUGCGCGACAGUGCUCCAAGGAGAGUGCACGCCACACAGAAAACAGCGGGGAGACUUGAGACGCUCAGGGCUCCGAGUCCACACAUCGGCGCUGGAAGGGGAGGUGAGCUCAAUAACCCGAGACAUUGGUGGGGAAACGGGGGUCAGAAUCUAGAGGGGGGCCGGAAAGUGCAGCAAACUCACUACCGGAAAGAAGGAAAAAAAAAAGCUUCGGGGUUUCUCUUCCCCCUAACCUUGCAAAGGUUACAAGGCUGCCAGACUUGAAGAAUUCCCAAGAGACAAAGAGCAGGCCUCCUCUUUGGAUUUACAUAUCAGUGGGGGAGAGUUAAGGAACUGAGUCACUACAAUUCAGUAGCCUAGGCAACCCAGUGGGAGUCCAGAGGAGCCAAAGACUGGAAGCUAAAUACCAUCAAUUCUGCACAGCCCUGCCCUGCAGUGUUACU